AUGGUCCUCGACGAGAAAGCAGUCUUAGAGCUCGAUCCAUGGUUGGAACCAUUCCUUCCUGGCAUCAGGGCUCGGCAUGAACUCUUCGAGAAGUGGAAGGAACAGAUCCAACGAACCGAAGGAGGCUACGAUCCCUUUUCGAAAGGUUACAACAAGUUGGGUUUCAACGUCGCCAACGAUGGCACGGUGAUUUACAGGGAAUGGGCACCGAAUGCAAAGGAAGCAUAUCUGAUUGGAGACUUCAAUGGGUGGAACCGAUCAUCACAUUCUUUGGCGAGGGAUGAGUUUGGUGUAUGGUCAAUCGCCAUACCCCCCCUCCCGACCGGUGAUUGCGCCAUCCCCCACGACUCUAAAGUCAAAAUCGCUUUGGUUUUGCCCUCUGGAGAGCAAGUAGACCGUCUCCCUGCCUGGAUAACACGCGUUACCCAGGAUCUUACUGUUUCUCCGACGUACGACGCUCGUUUCUGGAACCCGCCUCCUACUCAAAAAUACAUCCGCAAACACUCUUCCCCACCCAAGCCCGAUAGUAUCCGCAUCUAUGAAGCACAUGUUGGUAUCUCGACUCCCGAGGGCAAAGUUGGUACCUAUAAGGAGUUCACGCAAAACAUACUUCCUCGAAUAAAGAAACUGGGUUACAACACCAUUCAGCUCAUGGCGAUAAUGGAACACGCGUACUACGCCUCAUUCGGUUAUCAAGUCACGUCUUUCUUUGCCGCGAGUUCGAGAUAUGGGGUCCCUGAAGACUUGCUAGAGCUUAUCGAUACUGCACACGGUUUAGGACUAACUGUACUCCUAGACGUGGUGCAUUCUCAUGCAUCCAAAAACGUCCUCGAUGGCCUUAAUCAGUUUGAUGGUACCGAUCAUCAAUACUUCCAUGAAGGCGGUAAAGGUCGUCACGAUCUCUGGGAUAGUCGUUUGUUCAACUAUGGCCACCACGAAGUGCUUAGAUUUUUGCUUUCAAAUCUUCGAUUCUACAUCGAAACCUUCGGAUUCGAUGGCUUCCGCUUUGAUGGGGUUACUAGUAUGCUCUACAUUCACCAUGGAAUCGGAACGGGGUUCUCGGGAGGAUAUCAUGAGUACUUUGCGGACCAAGUCGACUUGGAAGGAGUCGUAUACCUUAUGGUGGCUAACGAUCUGGUCCAUGAGUUAUUUCCCAACUCGAUCACGAUCGCCGAAGACGUGUCUGGGAUGCCGCUUCUUUGUAUUCCGGCGACCAAUGGAGGACUUGGUUUUGAUUACCGGCUUUCAAUGGCCGUCCCGGACAUGUGGAUAAAACUUCUCAAGGAGAAAAGCGAUGAUGAUUGGAAAAUGGGCGAUAUCGUGCACACGCUAACGAACCGUCGCUGGAGGGAGAAGAGUGUCGCUUAUGCUGAAAGUCAUGACCAAGCGUUGGUUGGAGACAAGACACUUGCGUUCUGGCUCAUGGACAAGGAGAUGUAUACGAAUAUGUCGGAUCUAUCCCCAUUCACUCCCACCAUCGAGCGGGGCAUAUCGCUCCACAAGAUCAUCAGAUUACUGGUACACUCGUUAGGUGGUGAAGGAUAUUUAAAUUUCGAGGGGAACGAAUUCGGUCAUCCAGAGUGGCUCGACUUCCCAAGGGUGGGAAAUAAUAAUUCUUUCCACUAUGCUCGAAGGCAAUUUAAUCUCCCCGACGAUCAACUCCUGCGAUACAAGUAUCUGAACGAUUUCGAUGCUGAGAUGAACAACUUGGAUGAGAAAUAUGGCUGGCUCAAGGCGCCACAGGCGUAUGUCUCUCUCAAGCAUGAGGUUGACAAAGUCAUAGUGUUCGAACGUGCGGGUCUACUCUUCAUAUUCAACUUCCAUCCCACACAGUCGUUCGCCGAUUACCGUGUGGGUGUCGAGGAGCCUGGCGAAUAUCACGUUGUUCUCUCUUCUGACGAAAAACGAUUCGGAGGCUUCGACCGGAUCGACCUGAAUGGAAAGUAUCUCACAACCCCACUGGGAUGGAACAACAGAAAGAAUUUCCUCCAGGUUUAUAUCCCUCUUCGAACGUGUCUAGUGCUUGGCAAGUGA